CUGCUUAGACUGGGCCCUAAUUUGACAACUUUAAUUGAUUUAUAAUGCCAUGAAUGAGGUGUAAUAUUUUUGUGGCACUAGCCCUGUGAAUACAAGAACAUUGUAUUAAUUAAUCACAAGACAACAUUUUCCUAUUAAUGAUUUUUCUCUCUCCUUUAUUUUCCCAAUCCCUUUAAAGCAAAUGGUUAUGAGCCUUAGAGUGUCGGAGCUUCAAGUGUUACUGGGCUAUGCAGGACGGAACAAACACGGUCGUAAACACGAACUCCUAACAAAAGCAUUGCAUUUGUUGAAAGCUGGCUGCAGCCCAGCUGUUCAGAUGAAAAUUAAGGAACUAUAUAGGCGGAGAUUCCCACAGAAGAUUGUGACACCCGCUGACCUGACCCUUUCUUCUGUUCAUUCAACUUCAACUUCCAUGACUACACCAUUGUCACCAGCUGCUAUCCCACAGCUCCCCUACGAUGGGCAUGCAACAACAUCUCCACUGCUUGCUGUUUCUCUGUUGGGACCUAAACACGAACUAGACCUGCCACACCUGACAUCAUCGCUCCAUCCUGUCCAUCCGGAUGUAAAACUGCAGAAAUUGCCCUUUUAUGACAUUCUUGAUGAACUGAUAAAACCAACUAGUCUAGCUUCAGACAAUGGUCAGCGGUUUCAGGAGACUUGUUUCGCAUUUGCAUUGACACCUCAGCAAGUUCAACAGAUUAGCAACUCAAUGGACAUAUCUGGGACCAAGUGUGACUUCACAGUUCAGGUUCAGUUAAGGUAAGUGCAUGUUUGUGGUUUGUCUUUCACUUGCUGUUCUGUUUCCUUUUCUGUUCUCUCUCUUCUAUGUCCCCUCCCCCACCUUCUCCUUCCCAUUC